CACACACACUCACACACACAGUCUCUCCUGUGCUCCAUUUCACGCACCUACAGUCUUACAUACAGGAACAGCAGACAGGACGCAAAACAAGGUGACUCCAGCAGAGGCCAUUAAAGCAGAGCCAGAUCAUUAAACAAUUUGGUGUCUAUUGACACAGCUUCUUCUGUGACCCCAGAGACAUCAUGUCAGGGGACGGUAGCCAGGGUGACAAAACCCAGUGCAAUGGAGUCAAAAAGCACAGGUCAGCUCUUCCUGCUGCAAUGUUCUCACGAAAAAAUGUCAAUAUGUGGGGUGUUCUCAAAAAAUGCAUUGGGAUGGAACUGUCUAAAAUCACAAUGCCGGUGAUUUUUAACGAGCCUUUGAGUUUUCUUCAGAGAUUGACUGAAUACAUGGAGCACACAUACCUCAUCCAGAAGGCCAGCGCUUCACAAGACUCCAUCAACAGAAUGAAGUGUGUGGCAGCUUUUGCUGUGUCAGCCGUGGCCUCACAGUGGGAGAGGACGGGAAAACCCUUCAACCCACUGCUCGGAGAAACCUACGAGCUGCUCAGAGAGGAUCUGGGGUUCAGAUGGGUCUCUGAGCAGGUCAGUCAUCAUCCGCCGGUCAGUGCCUUCCACGCUGAGGGCGUAAACAACGACUUCAUGUUUCAUGGCUCCAUUUAUCCGAAACUCAAAUUCUGGGGGAAGAGUGUGGAGGCCGAACCUCGGGGAAUCAUCACCCUAGAGCUUCCUCUCCACAAUGAAGCCUACACCUGGAGCAACCCGACCUGCUGUAUUCACAACAUUAUCAUGGGGCAACUGUGGAUUGAGCAAUAUGGAAAUGUUGAAAUUAUUAAUCAUAAAACUGGAGAAAGAUGUUGUUUAACUUUCAAAUCAUGUGGCAUCUUCGGAAAAGAGUUGCAUAAAGUGGAAGGAUACAUUCUUGAUAAAAGCAAAAGAAAGAUCUGUGCUCUGUAUGGCAAGUGGACGGAGUGCUUGUAUUCUGUGGAUCCAGUGACAUUUGAUGCACACAGAAAAUCUGACACAAAGCGCUCUGAGAAGGACAGGAAGGGAAGCACACAGAGUAAUAAUGCGGAUGAGGAUCCGGAUGAAAUGCCUCCUCCAGAAGCAGAGACAGUGCAGGUGAUUCCAGGAAGUGAGCUGAUCUGGAGGAUAUCACCGCGACCAGACAACUCCAGAGAAUACUAUGCGUUCACAUCCUUCGCUCUGCAGCUGAAUGCGCUGGAUGCAGAGAUGGAGCGAGUUCUUCCACAGACAGACUGUCGUCUGAGGCCUGACAUCAGAGCCCUGGAGAAUGGAGACAUAGAUGCAGCCGGUGCAGAGAAGAACAGACUGGAGGAAAAACAACGAACGGCUCGGAAAAAUCGCUCCAAAUCAGACGAGGAAUGGAAAAUAAGGUGGUUUCAUCAGGGGCCGAACUCUUACACCGGAGCCCCAGACUGGCUGUACACCGGCGGAUACUGGGACAGAAACUACUCACACCUGCCUGACAUAUACUGACCUCAAACUACUGCAAACAUCUGGAGGAACAGAGCCUCUACACGUAUAUAAAUGAGUGUCUGUUUUGGUGCUAUGCCCUGAAUAUGAUGACACAGUUAAGUCAUCACGGCAUACAGUAAGAGCACAAGAUCUAACAUGAGCUUUAUCUUUUAGACCGUUCAAGUGUAGUAUUAAUUUAUAUUCAAUAGAUAUGUGAGAUAAUGCAUGUAACGUCAUAAGAAUUUGUGAAAACAUUUGUAACAUUCGGAAACUUAACCAAUUAAUAUGUAUUAUUUUCAUAUAACUAGAUAUAGGAGUGUUUUUCUUACAACUAAUUUGAAUAGAUUAGAGUCUUCUUUAAAAGAAAGAAUGAUUUAUAUCCAAAAAUAUGAAUAUAAAAUAUGAAGAGUUCAUAGACAAAAAACUGUAAGUCCAUCUGUGACAUUUGAGUAAAUUUUAUUAUUAUUAUUAUUAUUAUUUUA